AUGAACACGGCGGGAUUUCUUCCUUUUCCCACAACUGUGCGGGGUAUGCGAAAACCGAAAUGCGCCCGUUGCCGCAAUCAUGGAAUGGUGUCAUGGCUGAAAGGUCACAAGCGCCACUGUAAAUUCAGAGACUGCACCUGUAUAAAGUGCAACCUGAUCGCUGAGCGUCAGAGAGUAAUGGCUGCGCAAGUAAGUCUCAAGAGGCAACAGGCGGCUGAAGACGCGAUCGCGCUUGGAUUGAGAACCAUAUCAGGCGAAACGACAAACCUUGGCUUUCUACCACCAGGGCCAGUUUGGGGUAAGUUCACUGUAGAAGGUGAUAAGCAGGAAGCAUCGAAAAAGUCCAGCGAGACGGUGGCGAAUGGUUCUGAUUCGACAGUCAUCAUCAACGAGGAAGCUAGCACAUCAGUGACCGAAAACGACUUUAAAGCGACUAGCAGAUCAGAAGACCUUGUCGUCGACGACAAACCUGUUAGUGUUCCUGAGUCAAUGCCUGAGUUUCGUCAGUGUCGAUUUAAACAAUGCGAUAUACUGUCAAAGUUAUUUCCUCAUCAGCGAAAGGAGGCUUUGGAAUUGGUGCUUCAAGGCUGUAACGGCGACCUGACGAAAGCGAUCGAACAUUUCCUCUGUUUGCAAGAUUCAGCGCACAACACUAAUACAAAGGCGUCUAUUAUCUCCUCAGCUAUGAAUGCCGAAAAUGAGUUCGCUUCAUGGAACUCAACAUCCCUCAAGGAGUGCUUCCAGAAUCAAAUGAACUUGCGAUACCCAGGCUCUCUUUUCAACAUGACCACGUUUUCGCCCCUGUGCGCAGCGAAUGUUGGAUGCGGUCAAUUUCCGAGCAUAGCAGCGCCACCACCGUUCAACGGACUAAUUGACACGUCCAACCCUCUGUUUCAUUCAUCGUUUUACUCGACCUUGCCAAAUCAGUGGAACAGUAAUCUGAGAACAUCGUCAUCGGUCGUUCAUCUGCCGCAGCUAUUCGGCACGCCAUCGCUCAGUGGUUCCAGAAACAUGCUGAUCGCUUCCGGUCAACCAAUCAGCUCGAUAGCCGCCCCUCGAGUUAUCAACGUUGGCAUUACCAUACCAAAAAUGGUGGACAGCGCGCAAUCAAUACGUGAAUUUUCGGUACGCUCCGGCGAAGAAUGCGGGGGAUCUUCAAUAACUCUUCCCAGCUUGAAGCAGUGA